AGCAGCUGUGUGACCUUUCAGAUUAUGCAAUGAAGGUGUUUUGGCCCGCGGCUGCGAUCUUGUACAAUUUUACUAGGGACAGGACAGUCAAUUUGUAUACACAUUAGACUUAGUAUGAGUCACUGGAGUGAAGUUAAGCAUUUCAAAAGUCUACUUCUUUCGGCUUACCUUUGCAAGCUAAUGACGAAAUUCCAAAGAUAAAUCACCACGUGUACGUGACUGCGACUUUUUUGCGGGGUUUUAAAUUCUGGCAGAAAGCUCAGCAGCAACGAGAAACCGAACUCGGCGUCCCAGGGGCCGGGCCCGGUGCCAGUACAACAGUAGACAGUCAGUAGUGUCGCUGGAUGGACAAUCGCAGGCGCAGUUCUGCAGCAGCUGUCUCAUCUCAUUUGGAAUUAUUGAUUGCAACAAAGGAGGAUGCUGUCAAAUUGAAAAAGUUUAAAAUAGUUUUAUUAUUUCACUGAAUUGAGCCUGAAGAGUAGACUAUGAAUCAUCAUCCAAGACCUCCGAUUGCCUUCAAAUCUCCUGGUCGCCAUGGAUACGCAGUGGAGUUUUCUCCAUAUCUUCCCCAGCGCCUUGCUGUGGCAACAGCCCAACACUAUGGUAUUGCUGGAACUGGCACCCUAUUCCUGAUCGACAUCACACCCGCUGGUGCUGUCCUCCUGGGAACGUUUGACUGGAAGGAAGGCCUGUUUGAUCUGACAUGGUCUGAGAGCAAUGAGAGACUCGUUAUGACAGGGAGUGGGGACGGUUCCAUCCAACUCUGGGAUAUUAACAUCCCAGCUGAACCAGUUAAAGUAUUCAAGGAACACAGUCGAGAGGUCUACAGUGUGAACUGGAAUCAGACCCGGGACCAGAACUUUGUCCUAUCCGCUUCCUGGGACAAGACCAUCAAGUUAUGGGAUACUAACCGGGACCAUUCACUCCAGACCUUUGUAGGCCACAGACACAAUGUCUACAGUGCCGUCUGGUCUCCUCUUGUUCCUGGGUGCUUUGCUUCCUCAUCAGGUGAUGGCUCACUGUGUGUAUGGGACAUUAGAAAGCCACAGAAACCUAGAUUCCUCAUCCCAGUCAGCAAAGCAGAUGUCAUAUCAUGUGACUGGUGUAAAUAUGAUCAGAAUAUCAUUGUUGCUGGUUCAGUUGAUUGUAAGAUCCGUGGUUGGGACCUUCGCUAUGCAACUAAAGUACUCUUUCAACUUGGUGGACACACACAUGCAAUAAGGAGGAUAAAGUGUUCUCCUCAUAGUAAGACAGUGCUAGCAUCCUCAUCGUACGACUUCACAGUUCGAACAUGGGAUUUUGCUAGGCAGCCUACUCCCCUAGAGAUUAUUGAAAAUCAUACUGAGUUUGUUUGUGGACUAGACUUCAAUGUACAUGUGCCCGGACAGUUAGCAGACUGUGCUUGGGACGAGAGGACUGUGGUGUAUGUUCCUAAAUCUCUAGCUGCUUUUAACACAUGAUGAAGGUGUAUAACCUGUUGUAUCCUUGGCUUAACACCAAAACCCCUCUGGUGUAUUCAUGGUUUGAUCAAUGAUUUCUAGAGAUAUAUUGAUAUGAAUACUUGGCUUAACACCAAAACCUCUGCAGUGUGCUCAUGGUUUGAUCAGUGAGUUCUAGAAAUAUAUUGAUAUAUAUCCUUGGUUUAACACCAAAACAUCUCUGGUGGAUUCCUGGUUUGAUCAGUGAUUUCUAGAUAUUCAUUGAUGUGAAGACCAAGAAUAGCUUGGGCAAAAUGAGAUGAUGAUAUCCUGUGAACUAUUAAAGGUGUUACCUCAUUUCCUCUUGAAUGAUCUCCUGCAAGGUGUUAGUAUGGAUGCAUAGACAAGCUAGAUGGGAAUUGACUUGAUAGUCACUCAGCACCCAUAUCUGAUGAUAAAUUUUUUCUGAUCUAUCAUUGUGUGAGAUUUGAGUGUUGACACAAAGUCUCGUAUAAAACAAAAGCCAUACCAUACAUACUGAUUGACAAAUUCAUUGUGUGUUAGCUUUAUACCUUACAUGUGUGCUUAUCAAUUAUGUUAUCUGUGAUUAACUGUGAGUAUUAGGUGCCAGGUCAUAAUAUGGAUGGCUCUGUUUUGGGCUAAUAUCUUGUUUGGGUUUUUUGUGCGAUUUUAUUGUGUAUACUCAAUGCAUACAUAAAGUAAUUCCCAAGGAUGUCUUUGGUCAUGGUGAAAAAUUGUGAUGAAUGGGAUGUACUGUUAACAUUCUAAAUGUUUUGUACAUCCUCAUGCUAGAACAUCAACUCUCGAUGCAAUUGUACUUCAUUCAGUGUUUGAUAUUUGGAAUGCCCUUCAGAAAUUAUGAAUGGAUGAAUGGGAGAUUUGUAGUGUCUAAUCUUUCAAGGAGCAAGUCAAAUAAAACAUUAUUGGUAUAUAUUUUGAUGAGGAAGUUUCAAUUUUUAUCUUUCAUAAAGAAACAUAGGAAGAGAAAGAAGAUUCUAGAAUAAAAAUAAAAAAGGAGUGGGGGGGGGUGUGAAAGAAAGUUGGAUACUAUUUUGAGUAGUAAUGAGAGAAAAUAAGGGGAGACAGUAUUAUCUUAUGAAUUAGUGUACACAUCAUCAGUAUUUACUAGUUCUACCAGCAUUGUCUUACAAUUUUGGAAACUCUUGAAUUUUAUUUGAAUUUGUAAUGAAACUCAAACAUUAUCAUGUCAACAAAAUUUCCCCCAGGAUGAUAAAACUCUGUUACAUAUUGUGAAUGAAAGUUUAAGGCCCGGUCCCACUGCACCUAUGGAUGCAAAGAGGAUGUAAAACGGAAAAAAAUUGUGCCAUCCGUUGGAAAACGCCUUUCAUCCGUUAUUUACUCAUUGCAUACAUGCUUCAUACGCUCUAUCCAUCGAGCAUCCGUCCACUGUGAUUUCAUCCAUGUAAAAAGAUUUGAGCUGCACAAAACUUAUAGUAUGGAUGAACUUUCUGCCGGGUAUGAUGUAAAUCCGCAACACAUACGAGCAACAAACAUUCCAUGUCUGUCAUCAUCCGUUGAACAUCCACUGUAUCCUCUGGGCAUCCUCGCAACUCAGUUCCACUGAAGCUGAACAGCGGAAAGAGGGAGGAAAGACAAGGUACAUGGAACAUCUAAACACCGCUAGUAGCAUGGAAAGAGAAAGGAUGUAAGCGUAUGCAUCUCAUAAAUAAAGUAUUCAAAACCCCUGGUAAUCCCUUCGGAGCUGUCGUCCACUUCAAUCCUUUUAUAUCCGCAAGGUUUCCGAUGAAUAACCGUUUAAAAUCCACGCUACAUACCAUCCACAUCCGUUCUUUUCCGUUAUGUUUUCGCAAAUUUUUCACCAAAUUCGUCCAUUACUGGAGCGGAUGAAAACGGAUAGAGCCAUCCGCGAAAUUUUGCUUGUCUGCUGUGUCCUUCAUGAAUACAUUUUGUAUCCAUCGGCCAGUGGGACCAGGCCUUUAACUCAGACCAUGGUCCAAGUCUGGGCUAAAAUUCUUAAAAGCAAUAAGUAUAAAGCAUUUGCUUACAAUUUAAUCACCAUGUUUGACUUUUUUAAUUGUUACUGGGAUCUUACCCAUGUUUUAAUCAUGAAAACAAUAAUUCAUCAUUUCAUGAUUGUUUGUAGAGCUUAGGGUGUUGGAUGUAAAGAUACUUUGAUCAUAAGAAUAUUUGAUUUGCUACCCAUAGUUUGCUUGGACCCCAGCCUGAGACCAAAGUUUAAGUUAAACAGGAGUUUGGAAUACAGGCGUUUGUAUUUUACCUGAUGAUUGUUUAUUCAACACUGUACGAAGUGUAUUCCUGGAUGUGAAACUGCCAACAAAUUUCAGUAAAAUUCAGGAAAAACAUGCAUUUUUAAAAUACUUUUUGAAUUCAUUUUUAUAUGAACUUUUUAUCUUUUAUUCAUUUAUUUUUCAAUGCUUGAAAUUCAAAUAUGAUGGCUCUGAGUGUGAAUGUCAUCAAGUGUAUGAAAUGUUGUAUUAGAUUUUCAUGUCAAUACUGGGGUGAGAAAUACCUUUUGUCUUCUAAAAGUAUAUCGCUUAUGUAAGUGAUAGAACAGUGGCAACCAUAACUCUCUAUUCAAUGGGAUAGUCUUUUCUAUAAAGCAGGAAAGUUACUUUCCUUCAAGCUUUGAGAGAAAAAGGUAUUGUCACCCCAGCAACACUAUAUUUAUGUACUGUGAUUGUGUGUGACUAUUUAUGAAAUCUUGUAUAUAUAUAUUUUGAUUUUGUAGCAUUGUUUGGCAUGUCGUUUUUGUUGUAAAUUUAUUAUCAGAUCCUUUAAAGGGGUACAAUAUUAUUUUGUUCUCAUAAUUAGACAUCAAACUAUCUUUUAUUGUUUUAUAGCAACAAUUUGAUGAAGUAAUAAGGUAAUUUUUUUCUGUUUCAGUUCCAGAGGCACUGUUAUUGCUUUUGAUGAAAAAUCAUAAUUUUUAUCGGGCUGUUACUGCAGGUAGGGACCUGUCUUAAGAAAAGCAAUUUUCUUUUAGAUUCUUCUUUGGGCCUGAUGUUGCCUUCAUAAAAUGAAAAGUGACCCAUGACUGCCACAUAAUAAACCAUGAUUAGAUUAAAAGUACAAGGUCUUACAUCAAGCUAAUUAAAUAUGUAUUAACACUAUUUUUUAAUCUGUCCAUGUUGUGAGUUAAAGGGAACGUGUUGGCGGCAAUCUCUAUUUUAAGAUCAACUGUGAGAAAAAACAAAUUCUGAUAUCACUUGCCAUAUAUAUGUCUGCACAUGAUAUUGUAAAUGCAUUUUCCUCAAAAGUAACAGAUGGACUUUGGGAACAAGGUACUAGUGUGAAGUGAAUUACUGUAUUUACAUUGUCAUGUACCGUACUAGCAAUUGAGGAAAUAAUGUAAUGUGUAAAAUUUAUCAGCAUUUAUUGUUAGAGACCUGUACAUCGAUACAUUUGUAUUACCCAUAUCGUUUAUUUUUAUAAAAUAAAAUCUACUGAAGGAGUUUUGUUGAUUUUGAAGAGUGCGUAGUCCCAUAAAUUGCAUAAUGUUUGGGCACUUACAUGUAAAUGACAGGCAUAUAAAAAUUAAUGUUCAUUUAACCUGUUGGACACCCAAUUAUGUGAUUCCCCUGGAACCAACCAGUUUUCCGCACUGAAGAAUACAUUUGGCAUAUAUCCCAUCUUUUUUUUAACAUGUACAGGCUCAUCAAUCGUUUUCUUACACUUAUUUUGAUUUUGUUGUAAAGAUUUUUCAAUAAAACCAAAGGUGAUUAUUUUUUGUUCCCCCACCUCUACAGCAUUACUGAACUAAUCAGGUGUAUCCCAAGGGACAAUUCUUGCCAAUUUUGUGUGAUUUUGAAUAUUGUGGGUUUUUUUUUGUUGUUCAGCUCACCUAUGUUACCUUCUUUUCCCCUCAAUUUCCUCUCUUUCAGUUCAGUUUAGCUUUUACAUAAGCAAUUCAUAUUCCUUAUUGCUUCAUACUCAAUUUUCAAAUAGAAAAUAUUCGGAUUUGUCUGUACUUAUUCAGUAAGGAAUAAAUUAUCUUUGUAGGUUUGCAUGGUGGAGUGUAUAACAUGGAGAAGGUUUACGGUUCACCAUGUGUAAUAUGAAGGAGGGAAGGAAAUACAGGCAGAAAGAUUGAAAUGGAAAGACAAGAUACAUGUAGGAUGAAAAGAGAAAAUCAACGUUUCGGGCAGGUUGACUGUCCGUCUUCAGGACAGUCGAGUAAACCUCUCUUUACUUCAACCUUCUACUACUCAAACCAUCGCUACUCAAGCCAUAUUCAGCUCAUCUCAUCUGGUUUACAGUCCUUUUCAGGACUUCUCUCACUUUC